AUGCGCCUCGCCGGGGGCGCCGGCUCCCCCCGGGCUGUGCCUUUACCCGGGAAUGGCAGCUGGUGGCGGGCGGCGGAGCCGGGCGGCGGCAGCAGCCCCAGUCCCGAGGCGUGGUCGGGGUCGCCGAACGGCAGCCUUGGCGGCUGGGACCCCUUCGGGCGGGACGAGGAGCUGGCGAAGCUGGAGAUCGCGGUGCUGGCCGUCACCUUCGCGGUGGCGGUGGUGGGGAACGGCAGCGUGCUGCUGGCGCUGCGGCGCACGCCGCGCAAGGCGUCCCGCAUGCACCUCUUCAUCCGCCACCUCAGCCUGGCCGACCUGGUGGUGGCCUUCUUCCAGGUGCUGCCCCAGCUCUGCUGGGAGGUGACCCACCGCUUCCACGGCCCCGACGGGCUCUGCCGCGUCGUCAAGCACCUGCAGGUCUUCGGCAUGUUCGCCUCAGCGUACAUGCUGGUGGCCAUGACCGCCGACCGCUACAUCGCCGUCUGCCACCCGCUGAAGACGCUGCAGCAGCCCACCAAGCGCUCGUACGGGAUGAUCGCGGCGGCCUGGGCGCUCAGCCUGCUGCUCAGCACCCCGCAGUACUUCAUCUUCUCCCUCAGCGAAGUGGAGCGCGGCUCGCAGGUCUAUGACUGCUGGGCGCACUUCAUCAUGCCCUGGGGGCCCCGCGCCUACAUCACUUGGAUCACCGGCGGCAUCUUCAUCGCGCCUGUCCUCAUCCUCAUCAUCUGCUACGGCUUCAUCUGCUACCGCAUCUGGCGCAACGUCCGGGGCAAGACGCGCCCGGGGGAGGCGGCAGCAGCGGGUGGCGGGCGGCGGGCAGGUGAUGAUGGUGGCCCGCGACGGGGGCUGCUGCUCGCCCCUUGUGUCAGCAACGUCAAAACCAUCUCCCGCGCCAAGAUCCGCACCGUCAAGAUGACCUUCGUCAUCGUCUCGGUGUACGUCGUUUGCUGGGCGCCCUUCUUCACCAUCCAGAUGUGGUCCGUCUGGGACCAGCGCUUCCCCUGGGUCGAUUCUGAAAACACUGCAACUACUGUUACGGCUCUGCUGGCCAGCCUGAACAGUUGCUGUAACCCGUGGAUCUACAUGUUUUUCAGUGGGCACCUCCUCCAAGACUGCCUACAGAGCUUCCCUUGCUGCCAAAAAAUAAAGCAAACGCUGAGUAAAGAAGAUUCAAACAGCAAUAGCAGGCGACAGACCUCUUUCACCAACAACAGAAGCCCAACUCACAGCCUAAACACAUGGAGAGAGAUGCCCCACUCCAAAUCGACCAGCUUCAUCCCCAUCCCAACAUGAGACAGGCCUCAGGGCAGGCAGGGCUUGCAGUCCCGU